AUGUCUUUCCUUUUCGGCGGCCGCCCUCAGAUAUCCUCGGAGGAGAAGAUCCAAAGAGCAGAGCUGGAAUUCGAAAUGAUCACAGACAUGGUGAAUCGCCUCAACGCCGCGUGCAUGAAGAAAUGUAUUCCCCCAGACUACCGAGAAGGCGAUCUCAACAAGGGCGAGUCCGUCUGCCUUGACCGCUGUGUCUCCAAGUUCUUCGAGGUCCAUACGAAGGUUUCGGAGAAGAUGGGCCAGCUACAAGGCCAACCCGGCGCCGGUCAGCCGUGA